GCUUCAGCCUGCAGGUUCCAGGGACAAAGAGGGCCAGGAGAGAACAGUGCUCACCUCCUGCCCUGCCUUCUCCUUCCUGAGAGCCGAACACUGGAUCUUGGUUUAAGGAGAAGGGGCAAUAUGGACAUAGAUUUCAUAUACCUGCUUUGCCUGGGGCUGUGCCUGUGCUAUGGAGACGGGGAAGAGAAGGAGGAACUUCCCAGGCCUUCCAUCAGUGCCUGGCCCAGCUCUGAGGUCAAGCGCAAGAGUAACGUCACUCUCCGAUGCUGGACUCAUUUCCAGAAUGUUAUAGUCUCUCUGGGAAAGUUGCACAACGCUGGGUACCAGCAAGAGCUAAGAUCAGCAGGAAAGGAGGCUGAGUUCCACCUCAUUAACCUGCAGCCUGAAGAUGCUGGAGGGUAUUUCUGUGCCUACAGGACAGCAGCCUCCCACAGGUGGUCAGGAAAGAGUCAGCAUUUACAGCUGGUGGUCACAGACGGUGUGGGAGAAGGUGGAGGAAAUCCUCCCAGGCCAUCCAGCAGCAAACUCAUCUUCCUUACCACCUUCAGCUGCCUCAGCAUCUCUCUCCUCUUUGUCUCCAUCUACUUUAUCUACAGGUGCACUCAGCAAGGUUCAUCACAUGAAGAGCCCCCCAAGAGUGACACUGAGUGAUCACGCGUGUAAAUACGAGCAUGAAGCCAGCUGUGGUGAGUGACACCCGGAGUCCAACACUCAGGGGGCUGAAGCAGAAGAUCGUGACUUUGAGGUCACACCUUAGCUGCAUACGGAGAGCCUGUGUCAACACACAUACACAGAGAUGCAGAUACACACACAGACACACACAAAUACACACACAGACACAUGCAGACAGACACAAGAACACACAGAAACACUCAGACACAUGCAGAGAGACAAACACACACCCACGCACCCACAGAGACACAUACACAUGCUUUGCUUCCAAAGUUUCCGUCACUGAGGUUUGCAAUUGUUUUAAUACAGGAAGGCAUGGAAGUGUGAACAUUUGGAUCGUCUAUAUAAAUAUCCUUAGCUCAUGAGCACCUUUUGAAUAAUUUUCUCUUUCUGUGAUUUUUUUGGUGUUUGGGUUAUCUUGUUUUGUAUUUUAUCUUUGCUGUUGUUUGUUUGUUGAAACAGGGUUCUCACUAUGUAACCCUGGCUGGCCUGGAAUUUGCUAUGUGGGUCAGGCUGGCCCUGAACUCACAGAGACCCACCUGCUUCUGCCUGCCAAAUACUAUGAUUAAAGGUGUGCUACAUCAGGCAUGGCCCUCUUUUAAAAUUUUUAAUUUCAAAAUAAUUCAGUCCUAAUGAAGAAUGAAGAAUAUAAAUGGAAACACGUAGGCUGGCAUUGUCUA